AUUGGAGCAAAAGAAAGCUUGCUUGAAAGGGCUCCUUCAUGAAAUGGUAUGGAGAAUGAGGAGGGGCAUUCAAGGAGGAUGCACAGAUCCGGAACAGAUUCCAGAUUCCCGUAAUUUAUCACAGAGCUUACUUGCCAGACGAGACAUAUGUAGUAGGGAAAUACCCUAGCUACUUAUUUUCAGUAAAAGAUCUGGCAGUUCAUCUUCAUGAGAAUAAUCAAAUGAGUUCAAGGGACAGCAUGAAGUUUGAAGAUUUCAAUAUUUACACGAGCUUAUUGAGCAACAUAAGGCAUCUUGUACUGUUAGCUGGGCAUCCUCAUCUACAAACAACAGUGCAAGAGGUAGCAUACAUACCAGCAGCACUUCACCAAAUGGAUUUGAUUCCUGCCAAACCAAAUGGCUUAUACCCAUACCGGCACUUCCCACUUCCCCGCCCCAAUUGCCAUCAAGUUCCAAGAGCAUUGGCAUUUACAACUCCAGAGAAACAUCUACACCAGUGGCAGGAUGCUUAUAGGAGAGUGUGUGUCAAUAGGAGGGUCCACAUUGCACAGUCAAUUGCAAGUGCUGGCAAAGAAUUUCAUGAAGUGUACAACUACCAUAGCUCAUUCAAGACAGCAGGAUACAACGAUCAUGAUCCCAUAGAUGAGUUACAAUAUUUUAGCAAUGUGAUCAAGCACUUAGAUAAUGAGACAGUUUACUCCUCGCAUGACAUGUUUCCAUACAACACCAUGGAGAUGUUCAAAUUCCAUUGGUGCUAUGAUAGGCAUGCUAUGGAGACAAUUAACCUCGAAAACAUCCAGCAGCAGGAUCGUCUUUAGGUGUGAUGACUAUAAUCGGGAUUCUGCAAAUGGUGUGACAACUAGAUUGUUUUGGUGACAUAUGGAAGAAGGAAAGUUCUGGGAAUAGUUUUGUUAUCCAAGAGUUUUGAUUAUAUAUGAGAGGA